CAGCGCGCAAAGUGCAGCAGCGCCGCGCCCAUGCUCUGUGCUGCAGGGGCUGGGAGCGGGCAGGGCUGCCGCUGUUCUCCCGCGUGUUCUUCCCGCGGCUCCCGAGCGCGGCCGCCCUGAAACAGCAGCUCCUGUCCGGCCCAGCGCGCAGCCGCUGCCUCAGAGGCCUCCGGGCCGUUACUCGCCGUUGGCAGAAAGGAGAAAGCACCGGCACAUGCCCGGCUCAGUGUGUGCCGCCCCGGGGCCCGGCGGGGUGCGGCCCCGCUGAGACGCCGGCUGCCCCACCAGAGGCGCCCUGCUUCCUUCCGCUCCCAGCGGUAGUUUGGAGCGCUUUCCAUUCGCCGCUCACAGGAAGCCGCAUGCGAGCAGCGAUGGCCCGGCAGCUCAGCCGGAUUAUGCGCCCAGACGAUGCCAACAUCGCAGGGAAUGUCCACGGGGGAACCAUCCUGAAGAUGAUCGAGGAGGCAGGAGCUAUCAUCAGCACCCGUCACUGCAAUUCCCAGGCCGGGGAGCCCUCCGUGGCUGCACUGGCACGGGUGGAGCGGACAGACUUCCUCUCGCCGAUGUGCAUUGGCGAGGUGGCCAACGUCAGUGCUGAGAUCACCUACACCUCCCGGCACUCCGUGGAGGUUCAGGUCAACGUCAUGUCUGAAAACAUUUUAACAGGAGCAAAGAAGGUGACGAACAAGGCGACACUGUGGUAUGUGCCGCUGUCCCUGAAGAAUGUGAAUAAGGUCCUUGAGGUUCCCCCCAUGCAGUAUGCGAGAAAGGAGCAGGAGGAUGAGGGGAAGAAGCGUUACGAGGAGCAAAAACUGGAUCGGCUGGAAACUAAGCAGAGGAAUGGUGACGUGAUCUUACCUGUCAUCAACCCAGACAGGCAGACAAAAGAGCCACACACGGUUGGCUACAGCCAGUCCAGCCUGAUCCACCUGGUGGGCCCGUCGGACUGCACGCUGCUGGGCUUUGUGCAUGGAGGUGUCACCAUGAAGCUCAUGGAUGAGGUUGCUGGGAUUGUGGCUGCCCGCCACUGCAAGACCAACAUCGUCACUGCCUCGGUGGAUGCCAUCAACUUUCAUGAGAAGAUCAAAAAAGGCUGUGUCAUCACUGUCUCAGGACGUAUGACAUUCACAAGCAAUAAGUCCAUGGAAAUAGAAGUCUUUGUGGAUGCUGACCCGUUUGUGGAUGAGCCUCGGGAGCGGUACCGUGCCGUCAGCGCCUUCUUCACCUAUGUGUCCCUGAGCAAGGAGGGGAAGCCCCUGCCUGUCCCGCAGCUGCUGACGGAGACAGAGGACGAGAAACGUCGCUUCGAGGAAGGGAAGGGCAGGUACCUGCAGACCAAAGCUAAGCGGCAGGCGCAGAUGCAGCAGUCUGCCCAGCAGUGACCUGUCUGGCACGCUUGCCACCAGCGCCCGCCAAACAUCCAGGUUGUUUCCCGUUCGUUUUGUGUCUGGUCCACGCCAGCCCCAUGCCUCCGCCCGCCCCAGCCUGCUGCCGGCGCCUCUGCUUUGCUGCUGAAGGGCUCAGCACCGUAGACCUCGUGCUUCAGGCGGCUGAAGCUCCCUGAAAGCCCCCAGGAGUCUUCCCAGGUACUCGCCAUCUGCCUCCAGAGCCAUUGUUGCUGUUUGAUCCCGUUGGCGACGCUCCCGCCGUGUCAGAGCCAGGACGGAGGCGUGUGGUGGCUUGAGGGGCGCGUGAGGCCGCGAGUCUUUGUGCUGCUGUGUUCGACUCGCUGGUUUGUCCUACCAUGCACACCAAAGCUUUCAUUACGCGCCGCGCCGGGGCCGCACUGAAUGUCUGUGACAUCUCUAGGUAGUUCUCUGUGCACAUCUAAGUUAUUUAAGGAAUCCUGUGGCAUAAAUAAAGUCUGUUUCAUUGACUGGAA